AUUUCACCGCUCAAUUUUCAUUCUAACUUUUGCGUCCAUAGGUGACUGUUGUACCAAGCAAACCAAGCGAACCGAGGUCGAGUCUCUGCAUUAAUAGUCUUUCCUGCUAAGCGUAUAUUUUCCAUUGUGUGCGUGUAAAAGAUGGCUGACGAAAAGAAGAGUUCCGAAACUGAGCAUAUCAACCUGAAGGUCCUGGGACAGGACAAUGCGGUGGUUCAAUUCAAGAUCAAGAAGCACACACCACUCCGCAAAUUGAUGAACGCUUAUUGCGAUCGUGCGGGUCUGUCGAUGCAAGUGGUGCGCUUCCGAUUCGACGGGCAACCAAUCAACGAAAACGAUACACCGACAACCCUCGAGAUGGAGGAAGGUGACACAAUUGAAGUCUACCAGCAACAGACCGGCGGUACCGCUUAAAAUGUAACGUACGUUACUAGAUUUAAGUUUUUUUUUUUUUUGACUAUUCCAACUUCGACUUACGACCGUAUGCUGAUGCGGUAUUUGUAUGAUUCCAUGAAAUUUCUACCUUCAACUAAAUUUAUGCAAAUGUAAAAUCAUUAAAUUGGAAAAGACGCGCUUAACUCGACAUGGCAGUGUCAGUCCCCACCGGGGGUUGAAAGUGAACAUGUUCCUACCCAAACCAACCAAACGCCUGGGUAGUUAACGUGUUGAAGACAACAAUUUGUUAAGGGUUUUGGUGCCCUUGCUACGCACGAAAGAGACUAUUAUACACAAAUACAGAAAGCAUAAGUGUCACGAAUUGUAUGCGUUGGAAUUUAUAAGUAAACAUGGAUGUCAAUAUA